AUGCGUCUCGGUGUCAACGCUGCAGCGAGGUGGAAGCUUGUCAAAGUCCCAGCAGAUUCAGAAUGGGUAGUUUAUCGCAAUAAGUUGUCUCGCAAACAUCAUUGCUUGCUUAUUUUCCCUCGACGCGAUACAUCCUGUUUCUUGUCUCUCGUCCCCGAUGAUGUCCCUCUAUCAUCUUUGAUGCUUCCAGGGACUCACGACACAAUGGCUUUUUAUGGAUGGCCUAUUGCUCAGUGUCAAUCACCAAGCACCUCUCUUGAUAGACAACUUCAGGCUGGCAUUCGAGUUCUCGACAUACGCUUAUCGAUCGUUGAUUCCCAACUUAUUUCAUACCAUGGAAUAUACCCGGAACGCACUCUGUUUGCAGAAAUCUUAUCAACGGUGCACACGUUCCUUACAACGCCGUCAACCUCGCGCGAGACCGUAGUAAUGUCGAUCAAGCAGGAAGAUUCUGAUGCGCGGCUUUUCAGCAAGCUUGUACACCAAGAGAUUGUUACCUCACCAGGGGGGUUGGCAAUGUGGUAUUUGGAAAAUAGGAUACCCACCCUAGGUGAGGUAAGAGGCAAAAUUGUAAUGUUCAGUCGUUUCAGCGUAAAUGGUUAUGGCUGGGACAAUGCGGGUAUUGGAAUACAUCCGCCUAUCUGGCCUGACAACGAUAGACAAGGAUUCACUUGGAACUGUCGGGAAACCCUAGUUCGGACUCACGACUGGUACACACUUCCUUCUUUCCUUUCUAUUCCCGAGAAAGUCGCCUUCUCAACCGAUAUCCUCGUCACUCCCCGUGGUUCUUCCUGCCCGACCCUAUCGAUAUCCUUCCUUUCUGCAUUGUCAAUACCAUUAGUGUUCCCUCCCAUAUUUGCCCGCGGUUUCGGGUGGCCGCAGUGGGGAAUUGGAUUUGAAGGCGUCAAUUCUCGAGUCGGCAAAUGGCUUCUUGAUCAGUUCGAUCAACGAGGCGAGAAUGAUGUAGAUGAAGAACCACGGAUCAGGGGUUGGGCGCUCAUGGACUUCUACGAAGACCCGACAGGACAAAGUGUUGUUCCGCUGCUUGUAGAAUGUAAUUUCAGAGGGAGGAAGUGCGAAGAAGGUUGGGUAUGACAUGUGACAUGCGGAAGUGUGGGACCUGCAAAUCAGAAUCCAGAUUCCUUUUGGCCCCGAAGUGUGACGGUGUGCUAUUAUCUUCUGCAAGAAGUUGCGAGAUAUGAUGAGAUGCAUGAUUUGCGCUUUGAUCGCCUCCAUAUACCUUUGAUCAGUCAACUUGCAGUGCUCGUGCUAGGAUCAUCAUGGGCUGUUGGAUUUCAUGUUUUCAACGUGUUCACCUCAAGUCAGCCUGGCUGUGCGACUAGCCCUCGGAUAUGGAUAGAACCAAUGCCGACAUUGACAGCGGUAAUUGGGGUUCGGUGAAUGGGUUAUCUGCUGCGAAACUUGGACUUUGUGGUGGCCUGGACUAAUUUCUCCGAAAGAAACUAUUGGUCGGGAAAAAAGCUCAAACUCAAGCUUGUGAUGUACACG